AAUUUCUUUAGCAACCACUCAACAAUAUGGCGGCGAAUGGUAUAUCGAAGAAACGUAGACAUUAGAGAUAGUAACUUGAAAGCUUAAAAUGACACUGAAUCCUUUAGCAAACCCAAAAGGGUUGAAACUAGUUUGUGAAUUGUGCCAAAAACCAGCAUAUAUACAGUGCACAAAAUGUCGAGUCACAUAUUAUUGUGGAGUUGAGCAUCAAAAAGCUGAUUGGAUGGGAAUACAUGAAAAAAUAUGCCAGAGUUUAAUUGCCUUGAGACAGGCAGCUCCAUUCCUUCCUUCAGAGGAAGAGAGACAGAAGAGGGAAAAACAACUACUUAGUAAGAAGGAACACAUGAUUGUAUUGACGAGAACUACUGGACAGAAGUUGCUGUUUGAGGGGCGCCAUGAACAGGCAGUGCCAGCUGCCAUGCAGUCUUUGAGGUUUGCCAUUGAUGUACAUGGUUUGGCAAGCAUUGAGCUGGUACCCUCCUACCUAAUCCUUGGAGAAGCCAGCAUAGGACUUGGUCGAUUGAAUCAAGCGGAAGAAUAUCUAGCACAAGCCCAGUGGACAGUCCUUAAAACACCAGAAUGUUCAAAUGCAAUAAAAUCCAAAUUGUACAGAAAUUUAGGACUAUUGUAUGCUGCCAAAGGAGAAUAUGACGAAGCCCUGAGACAGUUGGCUGAUGAUAUCUACCAUUCCUCUGAAGAAUUUGGCACAGGAGACAUCAGAACCUCCGGAGGUUACUUUCACAUGGCCAAUGUUUUCUUUCGUCAAGGACGCAUGGAUGUUGCAGAUUCUUUAUACAGUGAAGUCUCAAACAUUUGGUACAAUCACUUACUAAGAAUUGUCCAAUUAAGAACUAAAACUCCGGCAACCCAGCAAGGCAUUGGACCCUUAAUUCCUGAACAGCUAGAGGAGGAAGACUCACUAGAUGAAGCUCAAGAGGCAGAGGCCAUACAGGUGCUAAAUGCAAUAUAUGAUAUGAGGGAACAUCAGUCCAACCGAAAACCCCAAGACCUGGCCCUGGUCUGCCAUGCACUGGCCAUGCUCUACUUUAUACUCUAUGACAUACAAAAGGCAAAAGAAUUUGGUCGUAAGGCAGUUGUUGCAAGUGAAGGAGAUCCAAAUGACAAUUUGUCUCGAUCUGUGGUGGAAUUUAUGAAGAUCCUCGAAACUCAGAGGGUUCCCAACUGACUGUGAUUUUUCUCUCUGUUUGAACAUAUAUCUUAUGAAUUUUACAUGAACAUGUAUUUGUUGUACUACCUGUAUGAUAAUUAAAUCAUAAUUUGAACUUGAAAAUAUAUACAUAUUAAAAUGUUCACAAUACA